AUGUUAAGAUUAACGUUUGUGUGCCUUUGUUUUCUCGUUCUUAAGGACAGAACAGAAAGUUUUGGCAGUCCUUGGAAAUAUUUGGGGUUAUCAAAUGUAGAAGUGAAUUAUAAUCAGAGGCAAGCUCGUCAGUAUUUCCUCCUGAAUUUGCUCAUUCAAGUGCACAAACCUUUGCUACACGAGGAACUCAUUACGAUGGGUAGCCAAUUUAACGAUGAUCCUGUGAGCUAUAAGGAAGGCACCUGGAGAUAUAUAAAAGACUUUCAAGAGCGAGUGCAUCAGAAUCGAGUUCCGGGUCCUUUUGUCAUUUUAAAUCAGCUCGAUGAGGAAAUGCCCUUGAAUUUGUUGGGAAUCUAUCGUUUUUUGAGCAUGGCUGUGGAUUGGCCAUCUUUCCAGAGAAAUGCUUGCUAUGCCAGGAUACACUUUCAUCCUCUGCUAUUUGUAAACGCCCUCCAGAUGGCAGUGGAGGAAAGGGAGGACACCAAAGACCUUCGGAUGCCAGCCAUGUAUGAGGUGCUGCCUCAACUGUACUUCGAAAAGGAGGUGAUCCUGACGGCACAGGAAGUGACUUGGAACCAAUUGACCCCCAUUAGGGUGGUGACACCGAAACGAAGGUGGAUGGAUAUCCUUUUGGCGUAUCGAAACCCCAAGCAACCUUGGAUGGAAGAGGAGCCUAUUCCAACCGAACCCCUAAUCAUUGAUAAUGCACGAAAAGUGGCUUAUUUGAGCCUCGACUUGGAACUGAACUCACACUGGAACAGUCUGAUAAAUCGUUUGAUCAUUUCCAUUGAAGAAGGAAAGGAAAAGACGAAUGAACCUAUUAUUAUAGAUGGCGAUCGGUUGGUAGCAUUUCGUGGUUCCUUCGAUGAAGUCAACUAUAAAAAUCAGAUGGCAUUGGGAUCCCAUUUUCAUAACACGAAAUUAUAUUUAUACAAUCUGCAUCAGUUUAUGGCAGCUUUGACUAUGGAAGAUUUGGCAACAGGACAAAAAUCUACGGAUCUUAUCAAUCCGCCGCUGAUGACAACCGGUGGUGUACCCUACAAAGGAACAUCCUUGAAUAUCGAAGCUGUCAGAGGCAUUCUAGACUUGACAAUAAAGGACUUAAAGGAUCAAAUUGAAAUAGCUGUGAAACAUAAUAACCAUGCUAUGGAUAAUUUAUCCAUAGCGGGUGGAAUAAUAGGUAAUAACUACCUUCAUAUAGGUCGCCAAUUAAGCCUGGCUGUCAAUGGACAUGGAAUAAAUCAACCUAGUAUGUUGGGCUCGGCUACGUCCAAUCUUAGAGAUCCCAUCUACCGCUCGCUCUUAUUUCGGAUAUAUGAUUUGUUGAAGAGUUAUGAAAAUGAGAAUAUAUUUCCAGAUGUAGGAGGUAGAGCUCCCCCAAAAAUAGUUGAUAUCCAAGUUAGUCGCCUGGUGACCUUUGAAGAAAACAUGACCACGGAUCUCAUCAAUCUAAUUGACCAGCAACUGCUGUUGUCACAUCGCAAUAAUUUACAAUUCCUGCGUCGUAAUCUUGUUGCAAGACAACUUCGUCUUAAUCAUGAUCCAUUUAGUAUUGGCCUGGAUAUAGUUGCUCCAGAGGAUCUGAUCGUUGAGGCGAGGAUGUAUUUAACUCUACCGAAUCAAUUGAGACCGCGUUUACACCUGGACAGCUUUAAGUGUUCUCUAAAGAAGGGCUUAAAUCACUUCGAACGCCAAUUCCCAACAGCCAUUCCCAAACCCACUCUAGGUGAGCUCUAUGAGACCGACUACCCAUCAACUGAUGUGACUACUUCCAACCGAUUCCCGCCACAUCUUCAAUUACCGAGGGGGACUGGAGAUGGACUCAAAUUGCAAUUACUCGUGGAACUUACCGAAUGGAAUGGCCUGGAGUCGGAGUUCGGUGGGGCGUCUGUCACUGUCCUGGCCAAAACCCUGAAGGAUGUGAUAAUCUUUCAUAACCAGGCCUAAAACUAUUAUGCGAUAAUGUAUGCUAAGUGCCUAAACUUCUUAAUUGAAUGCUCGCUAGUUGAAACACAUACGUGUUUCAAUGUUGGAGUGGGUUCCAUAUCAAUAUUGUUUUCAAAGCACGCACACCAAACGGAAUUAAAGCGGUGGGUCUGAAAAUUUCAU